CUGUCAAACGCUCAAACGUCAAAGUGAAAUAUCUAUUUUGCUUUGCUGCGAAACGAAAAUUGAUUUGGCUCAAAAAUGUCCAUUGCAAAGAUAUUUGCACUAGAUAAGGUAGCCAAUUUCUUUAACAUCAUACGCCAAAAUGGAGGCAUUCGUGGUUCCCUGUGGAAACUAUACCGACAGGAUGACCUGAAGGACGGUACCCUAAUAGGCGAAGACAGGUUUGGCAACAAGUAUUAUGAAAACCCCCGCUACUUCUAUGCCCGUAACCGCUGGGUGGAGUACUCGCCCAACUUCCACAUGAACUAUGAUGCCAGUCAGGUGCCCGCUGAAUGGUUUGGCUGGCUUCACUACAAGACCGAUCUUCCCCCUCACCAGGACCCCAGCCGCCCUAAAUACCACUGGAUGCUCUAUGGCAACGAAAACCUCUCUGGCACCAAGGGGCAGUAUGUACCUUACAGCACCACCAGGCCCAAGGUCGAGCCCUGGGUCCCCAAGUCCAAGGAAUAAACCGGCUAAACCAGCUCUGACAACAGUCCGAUAGUAAAGAGUA